UAUCCAAAUCUCAAACCCAUAUCCACAAAAGACACUAUAAGCACAGCUGCCAAAUGCAAGAGCUUGAAUACCAACCCACUAAUUCCUCCCUCCAUAAUAGACAUAGCAUCUCAAAGGGUGUAUUUCAUCUCAAUAUUUCUUUUGAUCCAGGCCUGGAAAUUCACCAAUUCGUUGAAUCUAUCGAAAUCCCAAUUUUCAAUUUUCAAUUCCUUGAAUUUUUACUUCAUUUUGAAAUUCUUCAUAAUAGAUUCAAUUUAUCUAUGGAUUUUGCCUAUUUUCAGAGUUCCAUAUCUCACUUUCAAUCCCUUUAUAACUUUUCUACAAAUAAUCUUAGUCACUUGCUUCACCAUACUAUUACUAUCUUUAUCCUCUUCUUUAUCCUCUGCUUCUUCUCCAAUUCUAAACAAUCAUAUUCAGAAUCAAAACCAUCUUCAUAUCAAUGAAUUGAAUCUAAUCGAUAAUAAAAUCAACACAAAAAAUCUCGAUCCAAAUGCUCAUUUUAUCGGCAAAAAAAUCAUCAAUAUAUUACCAAAAUCAAACUCAAUUUUUAAUCCAUUCAAUGACACUUAUUGUCUAAACGUAAACACUGAUUAUAAUCAAGAUUAUAAUCUCAAUAAAAUAAACGACCUUUCAAUCAAUAAUUUACCCUUUAAUUAUUAUAAUCAAAUUGAGAUUCCUUUAAAAAUUAAUUCAACUUAUGACAUAUCCUUUCUACAAUUAAUUUAUUAUGAUUACAAUUCGGACCAAAAACUCCCCAUAUAUUUAAAUUAUACUAAAAAAGCUCUAAAAAAAUUAUUUCUUGAUCAAAAACUAAACGAUUAUUAUUUGAAAAAGGAUAUUUCUUCAAAUCCCCAAAAUCAAGACGAUAUUAAAAACAAAGUAUUCUUUUUAAAAAUUCCAAUUGUCUCUCCAGGUUACUACAAAAUUAAUAAAGUUUUAGACUCAAAGGGUUCAUCGCUUUCAAUUUCAAAUCCUAACAUAAUCAUCCCUCAAUGCCCAUUAAUUCAAAUUAAUAAUCAAGCUGACUAUCAAUUGUUUCAAUACAACUCCUCUAUCGAUAAAAAUAACAUCUCUAAACAACCAGUUAACACCAACUUAAAAUGCGUUAAUGAUUUAAAUGAUAUUGAAGUAACCGUCCAUGGUGUCCCCCCAUUAUCAAUUAAAUAUAAAAAAAUGAUUAAUCAAAAAGUUGAUACCAUUUAUAAAACAAACUUAAUUCCUCAAAAUCACAACAUUACAAACAAUAACAACAACAAUCUUUACCAAUUUUCAAAUUUUAAAUCUCCUUUAUUAUUCAGUCCAGUAUCAAUUUCUAAUAAUGACUUGGAAAAUUUCAAAUCUUGGUCGAAUUCAGCUCAAUUUAAAUUCAAUCUUGAAAAUUCAAUACUUUAUCAAACUGGUGAUUAUUCCUAUAAAAUUGAAGAAAUAGUUGAUGGCUUUGGUAACAUAAUCAACUAUGAUUUGAUUUAUGAUUCCUUUUACAAACACUUGAUCAAUAAUCAACAUGAAAAACCAUCCCCAUUAUUUGAAAAUUCAAAAAAAAAUAUUUCCUUGAUUGUUCAUAAUUCCUUCAACAGAGCCUCAAACUUACAUACUUUGAAUUCAAAUGGUCCAUUUAAGGCUAAUAUUUCAUUUGUAGAUGAUGAAACAUUUACUGAAUCAAGCUUUAUUUACGAGUUUAACUCUUAUAAUAACUACAAUUUAGAAAUUGAAAAGCCUGGUACAUAUUCCUUGAUUUCAAUCGAUUCAAAAUAUUGUCCUUCUGUUAUUCCACUUGAUGCUUUACCUGUCGUUGAAUAUAGGGCUCUCAAACCAAAUCUUAAGAUUUAUUCAAAUGAACCUGUUAUUAACAAAUGUCUAGGCCAAAUUGGAAUCAAAUUUGAUUUAUUAUUCACUGGUAGCCCCCCAUUUAAAGUUAAACUAAGUAUUUAUAGAACUGAUCUUAAAAAAAACCAAAAAACCUUAUUUGAUAUAAGAAGAUUGAUAUCAAAUAUUGAUAGACAUCAAUAUGAUUUCCAACCUGCUAGCGAAGGCAAUUAUGAAAUUCAAUUUGAAGAAAUUUCUGACAGCAUUUAUAAGGAUUUUUUACCUCUUGAGAAUAAAAAAGAAUUGGUUUUUAAAACAACAAUGAGAGCCAAACCUGAUGCUAAAUUUAUUAAUUCUAAUAAAGAUCUUAAAAAAAUUGAACAAUACCAAGAUAUUUGUCUUUUUGAAAAUUAUACUGCUCGGGUAAAACUUCAAGGUGAACCGCCAUUUGAAUUGGCAUACGAAUCCAUUGAAGUUUCUACAAAUAGAAGAUUAUCCAAGACCAUAUCUAAUAUUAAUAGCAAUUUAUACGAUCUCGAGAUUCCUGGAUUUAAACUUGGAGGCACUUACUCUAUUUCAUUAUUAUCAAUUGUUGAUUCAUCUGGUUGUUUGGUUUUGUUGAAAAACCAAGAAAUUCGAUUCAAUGUUAAAAAGUUUUUACCUUAUGCUGAAUUUUUGGAAUUUGAUUCUAGAAAUAAGCCUCAAAUUAAAAAAGGGGAUAGGAUUGAAUUACCUAUAAAUUUGAUUGGUGAUAAAAAUUUGGAAUUAAGUUAUUCAUAUAGGGAUCACUCUGGUGAAAUCGUUGAAGAAGAUUUAAUUCGAAAUUAUUUCAAAGCAAAUAAUGUUUAUGAAGAUAAGAUUAGUGUUUAUAAAGAAGGUAUUUAUCAUUUAAAGGGAUUAAAAGAUUCAUUAUGCAAAGGUACAGUUAAUGAAAACAUUUAUUAUAAUAUAAGCUAUUUUGAUAUGCCAACAAUUAAAUUGCUCGAAAAGCCUGAUAUUUUUGAAACAGAUUCUGGGGAUAAAUUUACAUUUACUAAGCAGGAUAUUUGCGUAAAUAAUGAUAGUAACUUUGUUGAUUUAGAAUUCAAUGGACAUGGGCCAUUUGUAGUUCAUUAUGAAGUUGAAUUACCCCAUGGAUCUACAAAAAAGAAUGCUAUAACAUCUGGAAGCAAUUUCUUGUCGAUCAAUUUGAUCAAUGGAGAUGAUUUAAAAGGAUAUGAGAAAAAAGGAGGUAAUUAUAAAGUUACAUUUACCGGAGUUUAUGACUCAAUUUAUAGUGAGGGAAAUUCUAGAUUGGAUAAUUUUAAAGAGAUUACAAUUUUUCAACAGAUUUUACCAUUACCAUGGGGAGAAUUUAAUUUCAAAAACAAUGGUAAUAAACAAUUUUAUAAAGCAUGUCAAAAUCUGAUAUCAAAUUCGGGAGACGGGUUUAGUAAUUUAAUUAAUUCAAAGAAUUUGGAAAAUAACUCGCUUAAGCCAAUUAUAUUGGAGUUAACAGGAUCCAAGCCAUUUACUAUUUAUUUGGAGGUAUUUAAUGAAAGUUUGAAUAAAGUUUAUCCAUUGAUUUUAAACAAUAUAAAUUCAAAUAGACUAAAUCUUAACAGCAAGAUUUAUAGUUAUUUAUCUUUGGGAAAACAUUAUAUAACAAUUAAAAAAAUAGUGGAUGGUAAAGGGUGCAUUCAAGAAGACUUUUCCAAAAUCCGUGGCACCAAGAAUCAGCUUAUUGUUUCCAUCACCGAUAUUCCCAGAAUCAAGAGACUCACGCCAUUGGAAAUCAACAAGAAGUAUUGUGUUGGUGAUCAUGUUAAGUACGAGCUAAUUGGACAGCCACCAUUUGAGGUUUCGUACCGUUUCAACUCCAAGAAACACACGACUGAGGUGGAGGACUACCACUUCUUCAGAUUGGCAUCUGAGGUUGGGCUCUUUGAGAUACUGUCGAUAAAGGAUGCGAUGAACUGCGAAAUUUCGUUCAGCGAAGAAGAGAUAAAGGAAAACAAAUAUGGUGCAUACAUCAACCCCAUUCCAUCGGUGCAGCUCUCAACAAGCGUGGAGCACAUCCACGAGGGCGACGAGGUGGAGCUCACAUUCAGGUUUAUUGAUGGAACUCCCCCAUUCAACUUGGUCUACAGACGAUACUUCAACAAUGGAAACAACCACGAAGACUACUAUGUGAGCGACAUCAGGGAGUACGAGUACAAAACAGUAGCUUAUCUUGAGGGCUCGUACGAGGCCAUCAAGCUUGAGGAUGCCUACUGC